CCACUGCCAGGGAGGACGAGUACUUCUGCUGUGCUACUGUGCUGCAGCCUCGGUGUCUCUCAAAGUAGGCGAAAAGUGGACGAUUGGGCGGGGACUUGGAGCUUUGUUUGAGAGCAAAGGGAGCCUGGAGUUAUGUUUGAGAUGUCUAUAUAAAUGCUUCAUAUCGCAGGACACUAGUCACUAACGCUCUCUUUAUACUUUUGAUUCUUUCCUUGUUCUUUCGUGCGUGUCCGAACACCGGUGUCCGGGCUGUGAUGGAGCGCUGGCGGGGCAGAGUGGCUCUGGUGACCGGAGCCUCGGUUGGAAUUGGUGCGGCUCUAGCCGUAGAGUUGGUCCGGCUCGGAAUGAAAGUGGUGGGCUGCGCCAGGGACAUCGGAAAAAUACAGAAACUGGCAGCAGAGUGUCAGAGCGCCGGUCACCCUGGUGUUCUGGUGCCUUUCAAGUGUGACUUGACUAACGAAGAGGAGAUUCUGGCCAUGUUUGCAGCGAUCAAAGAGCAGCACAGAGGCGUGGACGUGUGCAUCAACAACGCUGGCUUGGCUCACCCCGAGCCGCUGCUAAGUGGCAAAACCAGCAGCUGGAAGAACAUGAUGGAUGUGAACGUUUUUGGCUUGAGUAUCUGCGCGCGUGAAGCGUAUCAGUCGAUGAAAGAGAGACACGUUGACGAUGGGCACAUCAUAAACAUAAACAGUGUAUGUGGACAUCAUGUGAUGCCCCAUGCUGAUCUACAUUUCUACACCGCCACCAAGUUUGCUGUAACCGCUCUGACUGAGGGCCUGAGGCAGGAGCUUCGUGCAGAAAACACCCAUAUCCGAGCCACAAGCAUUUCUCCCAGCUUAGUGAAGACUGAAUUUCCUUUGCGGCUCUAUAGCAACAAUCCAGAUAUAAAAGCCAGAGUUUUCUCUGCAUAUAAGCCUUUGGAAGCAAAAGAUGUUGUCAACGCUGUUAUAUACGUGCUCAGUGCCCCUCCUCAUGUUCAGAUUGGAGAGGUUCAGAUGCUAGCAACAGAGCAGAAGUCUUAGAGUUGCACCAUGAGACCCUCCUGAAUUAAUAAGACCAAUUCUUCUUCUUUAUGAAACUGACGACCAGCGUUGGGUGUAACAUGCUGCCGUAAUCAGAUUACAUUUUUCAGUAAUACAACACAGUUGUAACAGUUAUAGCACUACUUGCCUUUUAAAGGUUCUUCUAAUCGAAAUAGAAUAGAAAGAAAAAACUGUCAGUCAUGUCUUGCUCUUGCUCUUUAAUCAGCUGAUUUCAGUUCGUGCAAUAGAAUAAUCGUUUCGCAAAAGAAUAAGUAAUUUCUGCUGACCUUGGCUUGGAUAUGAGCCCUUAUAUUUGACAGUAAAAUAAAUCACUUGGUGUGUGUGUAAGUAAAAAUGGUCUGUGGAUGCAAAUACUCUGCCUUUACUUUUUGAGUCAAUAAGAUAUUUUUUUUCUAGUUAAGUUGGGUGGUAAGUAAAUAUGUUUCCAAGAAUGUUUAAGAAGAAAAUAACACAUUUAAACGCAUGUGUGUCAUAAAAUAAAUAAAUUAUUGUUUGCAUGUGAUUUAGUUUCUCUAAA